CACGCUCUGUAAUAUUCAUUACCGAACUUAUUUACGUGAAGCGAAUAAUUGUCUCAUGAUUGAGUGCACGGUGCCAGUGAUAAGAGAAAUUUAUGAACACAUUCGAGUCGGUAACUGGGCCAGCAGCAUUUCUGAUUAGAUAAAUGUUAUUACAUAGUUUUCAAUUUUCAUAGAUCAUUGCGGCGAUCAAUAAACUAGUUGUUACGGAACUAAGUAUAUUAUUCUAUAUUGGAAUCAAAAUAUACGCUCUAUUCAGAUAUGUCUGUAGUCACACAUCUCCAUUAGAGGGGCCGCGACCCCCUGGGACAGACCGCAACAGGCGGGGAUGCACGGUGGUGUCCAGGCCACUGGGAGAUGUGAAACAUACAGGAGUUCCGCCGGCAACGAGUCUGGCAUUGUGACAACGGGUCGGUCUGCGCGUCGAGCAGCAUUGGUUGAUGCCACCACUACUCGGGCCGAAUCUCUUUGAUCAGUGGCACGGCGUAGUGGAAGCUCAUUCGGGAUACGAGAUGGCGGCACCGUCGGCGGCGCAGGGCCGGCGCCGGCUCACGUGGCUCGUGGAGGUGGGCGCUGCGCCCCCGUGCGCCCGGGUGCCCUACGAAAAGCAUCUAAACUACACUAAGUACGAACGUGAAGAUGUACAAAAGAAAACAUUUGCGAAAUGGAUCAACUCUCAACUCGUUAAGAACAACAAGCCCCUGGUCGAGGAUCUGUUCCAAGAUCUUCGCGAUGGAGAGGUCUUACUGUCUCUCCUCGAGAUCCUCACCGCUCAGCAGUAUAAGCGAGAGCGCGGGCGCAUGCGCGUGCACCACAUCAACAACGUGAACACGGCGCUGCGCGUGCUCGACGAGCACGGCGUCAAGCUCGUCAACAUCAGCAGCAGCGACGUCGUCGACGGGAGCCCCAAGCUCAUACUGGGAAUGGUGUGGAGUAUAAUCCUGCACUGGCAGGUUCACUGCCACCUCAAGGAGCUGAUGACGGACCUUCAGCAGACGAACCUCGAGAAGACGCUCCUGGCGUGGUGCCGCAGUCACACGCAGAAGUACAGCGGCGUGGAGGUGCGCAACUUCACGUCGUCCUGGUCGGACGGGCUGGCGCUGUGCGCGCUGCUGCACGCCUGGCGCCCCCAGCUGUUCGAGUGGCGCGCCGCCCUCGCGCUGCCGCCCGCCGCGCGCCUCGACCUCGCCUUCCGCCUCGCGCACCAGCACCUGGGCAUCGACCGCCUGCUCGACCCAGAGGACGUGAACACGCCGAACCCGGACAAGAAGUCCAUAAUGAUGUACGUGAUGUGUCUGUUUCAAUCCUUGCCGCACUCCAGCGCCGACCUCACCGACCUCGCGGACUCCGAGCCGGGCACUCCCGUCGCCACGCACGCUGAUAAGGCGUCGUCCCGGCCGGUGUCCAGCGCGACGACCGGCUCGGCCGAGCUGGGCGGCUACUCGGCCGCGCUGGAGGAGGUGCUGGGCUGGCUGCUGGAGGCCGAGGAGCGGCUGGCGCGGGCGCGGGAGCCGGCGGGCGAGCUGCCGGCGCUGCGGGAACACUUCCACUCGCACGAGCGCUUCCUGCUCGAGCUGUCGGAGCAGCAGGCGCGCGUGGGCGGCGUGCUGGAGCAGGGCGCGCGGCUGGUGCUGGAGGCGGCGCUGUCCCGCGAGGAGGCCGCCGAGGUGCGCCUGCAGCUGCGCCUGCUGGCCCAGCGCUGGGAGCAGCUGCGCGGCGCGGCGCUGCAGCGGCAGGCCGCGGGGCACGCCGCGCUCAUGCGGGCGCAGCGCCGCGAGCUGGAGCGCUUCCGGCGCUGGCUCACGGACACGGAGGAGCGGCAGGCGCGGCUGGCGGCGCCGGUGUCGUCGGGCGCGGCGCUGGCGGGCCGGCUGGCGGCCGUGCGGGCGCUGCACGCCGACCUGCGCGCGCACCAGCCCGACGUGGACGCGCUGGCCGACUGCGUCGUGGUCGUGGAGGACGACGCCGCCGCUGAAAACGAGGUCACCGAAAUCGAAGAUCAGCUGACGGCGCUGAGCGAGCGCUGGUCGCACACGUGCUCGUGGACCACGCAGCAGCUGCAGCUCCUAGAACAGAUGCAAGAGGAGUGGACGCAGCUGCAGCAGGCCUACCAGACCCUACACGACGAAUGUCAACAAUACGAAUCUACGCUUAAAGAGAUGGAGGCGAACCCCGCCUGCGAGAUAGGGUCGGCCUUGUCCCGCGUGUCGGAGCUGCGCGCGGUGCGGCGCGGGCUGGCGGCGGCGGGGCGCGGCGCGGCGGAGCUGGCCGCGCGGCUGGCGGCGGCGGGGCGGGGCGCGGCGGGGCGGGACGCGGCGCUGCUGGCGCGCGUGGAGGCGCUGCACGACCGCCUGGACGCGCUCAGCGACAUCCUGCACGUGCAGGCGCGCCGGAUCCAAGAACUCGGCUUCGAAUUCGACAUCGACUCGAAGGCAACUUCAGACUCUCCAGUGGAGGGACCCACCGACACCGCCGCGAGCGCUGACCCUGAGGACUCGCCGCACAAGAAGGCGCGGCUGGAGACGAAGGCCGCGGAUUUCCAGCUCGGGUACCGCGCGUUCGACGACUGGGCGAGCGGCGCCGAGGCCGAGCUGCAGCGGUGCAAGCGCGAGCUGACGUCGGGCUCCGGCGCGGCCGACUGCGAGCACGUGUUGCAGCGCGUGCACGCCGAGCUGCACGUGCAGCGCGCCGACUUCGAGCACGUGCAGGAGAUACACGACCGACUGGCGCGGGACCCGGCGCUGCAGGAGGAAGCCAAGCAGCACGCCGUGACCAUCGACGGGCUCAAACGGCGCUGGGAGAAGAUUCAAGACACCGUCCUCGAACUGAGAAACUUGAUCAAUCUACUCGAGGACAUGAAAAACUUGUACAAGAACCUGGGCGCCUUCCGACAGGAGCUGGAGGACGUGCGCGCCUGGGAGGACAAGAUGCUGCGAGACGCGCCCUCCAACAAUCAGCUCAUUCAUCUCCGGAAUAAGAUCCGCCACGUGAAGCAGCACGAGAUGAAGCUCAAGGAGCUGAACGCUCAGUCGAUAAUCCUGCUCACCAAACCGUUGCCGGGCCCUCGCAAGCACGACAUCGAAGAGGACAUCAAACGAACCAACGCGGCGUACGAGGAGCUGGUGCUCCGCCUCACCAACCGGGAAGUGCAGCUCAAGUUGCAGCUCAAGCAGUCGCCGGAGAGGCGCGACCGGUUCCAGAGCUUGCAGACGAAAGUGCAGGACAUCGAGUCGCAGAUCAUAUCCGAGCACGCCAUGCUGUCGCACCCGGACCCCAUGCGGGACAAGCUGCGCCAGCUGCAGCAGCUGCGCGCGGACCUGCUCGACCUGCAGAGCACCUGCGACGACGUGGCCCGGGAGAGACGCGCCCACUGCGACAAGGGGAGCCUCGAGGACCUCAGUCUGAGGAGCAGCCUGGAGGACUUGGUCACCAGGUUCGAAGACACCAAAACCAUCCUGCAACAGAAGAUUGAUAAGUUGGAGAGCGGUCUGAAGCUGGUACUAGAGCUAGAGGAGGGCGCGCAGGAGGUGCAGCAGUGGCUCGCGGAACUGGACCGGUUUAUGGACGAGCAGGGCGCCGUCCCCGUCGGCGAGCUGGAGCCGCUCGAGGCGCUGCUCGACGCCAGCAACAAAUUCGACGAACAAACAGAAACUUUUACAACGAAGCUCGAGAACAUCGAGACUCUAAAAGAAAAGAUCCUCGAAGACUGCGACGAGACGUUCGCCGGCGCCGUGCGGGCCGACACCGAGCGCCUGCGCGCGCACCUCCGCACCGCCGUCGCCCGCGCCCGCCAGCACAACGAGCAGCUGCGCCGCGCGCUAGAGAGGACCGAACGAGUCUUCCGGAAAAUCGACGAAAUAGAGGAGUGGCUGCAGCAGAUCGAAGAGCAAAUACCGAAGGAAGAGGAAUGUAACAUCAGCGACACCACGGAGCUCUACCAGAUGAAGGUGCGCUUCCAGACGCUCAAGGACCAGUGCGACGACAAGACGCAGGACUUCAGGAAUCUGAACGAAGAGAGUAGCGACGUGCUGGUGGCGGCCGAGGGCGCGGCGGGGCGGCUGGCGCGCCGCGUCACGUCGCUCAACGCGCGCUGGACGCUCGUCACGUCGGGAGUGUACGACCGCCACAGAGUGGUGUCGGAGGCGUGGCUGGAGGUGGGGGAGCUGCGCGCGUGGCUCACGCAGGAGCGCGCGUGGCUGGACGCGCUGGCCCGCCGCCUGGCGCGCGCCGCCGCGCUGCGACCCGCCGACGCCGAGGACAUCUCGCACCAGCUCAGCGAGCUAGAGAACUACCUGCAGAACCACAGCGACGAGCGCCUGUCGCGCAUCCAGGACAUCGGGCGGCAGCUCGUGGACGCGCAGAUCAUGCCCAAGUGGAUCCAGGCCGAAGUGGACAGCGUCACCCAGCGGUGGACCUCCCUGCACGCCGAGGCGCUGGAGGCGGCGCGGCGGCUGGAGGGCGCGGCGGGCGCGGCGGCUCGCUCGGAGCUGUGCCUGGACCGCGCGCUGCAGUGGCUGCAGCAGCCGCCGGCGCCGCCCCGCCUGCUGGCCGAGCUGCGGGAGCACCGCGAGCGGCUGGCGCACGUGGCGGCGCAGGUGGAGGCGUACCGCGCGGCCGGCAGCGCCGAGGCGGCGGCGCGGCUGGCGGAGCAGCUGGAGCACGUGGCGGCGCGGCUGGCGGCGCUGGAGGCGGCGGAGGCGCGGGGCGGUGCGGUCCCGGGGCGCCUGCACGCCGCCACGAGCCGCCUGGCCGCGCUCACCCGGGACUGCGCCGCCGCGCUGCCGCUGUGUGCCGCCGCGCCCGACGCCGUGCGCCAGCAGCUGCGCACCUGUCUGAAAUUCUACCGCACCCUGAGCGAGAUGAAGUCAGAGGUGGAAACGAUUAUAAAAACGGGCAGGAAGAUGGUCGAGGAGAAGUCCGUCCCCGAGCCCCACGAGUUCUCGAAGAAAAUUGAUGCCCUGAAGGAACUGUACAACAAGCUCGGCGCGCAGAUCACGGAGUCCAAGACCAAGCUGGAGAAUGCGCUGCUCACCUCCCGCGAGAUCCAGAGCGACCUGCAGGCGCUGGACUCCUGGCUGCGCGGCCCCGACCUGCGCCCGCAGACCCUCGAGCUCGAGAUGUCGCGCAUGCAGGCCCUCCGCGACAAACUUAACGCCAACUAUCGGGAGUUCGCGGCCGACUGCGACCCCGCCUACCUGCAGACCCUCACCCAGCAGGUCGACAGCGUCAACGAGCGCUGGGACCGACUCAAGAAGCGAGGAGACAAGCCGGGAGACCAGCCGGGGGACCAGCCGGGGGACCGGGCGGGGGACCAGCCUGCGGACCGGCUCGGCGCGCUGCAGACGCUCCUGGACGACAUCCAGCGGGAACUGGAGACCGCGGACACCAUCACGGACGCCAAGCUCUGUCUCCUGCAGAACGAGCUCCGAGCCAGAGCCGAGGAAGUGGAGCAGCUCCGCGACCCGCUGCUGGCCGCCCGCUGGGAGGAGCUCCUCGACAAGAUCACGGCGGGGCCCGCGCCGCCUCCAUACGAGAACGUUACCGAUACCAUAAAGCGCCGGCUGGAGAGCCCCGCCGACGCUCCCGAGGCCGACAAGCCCGAAUUUAAAAAGUCUAAAAUACCGCUCGCGCUCAAGAGCCCGGCGCCCAUUAAAAAAGAGAUCAAAGAGGGGGGCAGCAGGAGCAGGGGGUCCUCUCUCGAACGAACGAGGACAAAGUCGGAGAGUCCGAUGUCGGACAGCGUGAGCAGCGCCAUGUCCGUGGACUCCAUGGACCGUCGCUCCGUGAGCUCGCUGCUGGGGUCGCAGCCCUCCACCCCUGACGCUCCCCACGCUCCUGACACUCUUAACACAUCUACCAAAGACAGCAGUACAUUUAAUCUACUUAAGGACAGCGAACUCUUCACUCAGAUUUCUAAAAACAAAAUUGAACCCAAAGAAGAAACGGCACAGCCGCCCAAAAUGAAGUCAACCCCGUGUCACGUGGUGGCGGUUAAAGAACUUGAAAUAGUAAAAGCCACGGUCAGCCCCGCGGAGCCCGCGGAGCUCUGCCCGCUCGAGGCCACGGACGCCGUCGUAGAGUUCAUUCCGCAGAGCGCGGAGACUGUUGACGUCAUAUAUGACACCGAGAACGAGUCGGAAGCAGAAGAGCAAGCCGACCGCCAUGCCGUCCAUCUCGGUUCCGAACCCAAGACUUUCGUCGUCGAGGUCAAGACGCUUGACCAGAGGAUGGAGCCGACCCUCGGUAUUCUCAAACGGAAGAAAAGUUUUAACGAAGAAAGCAUCAAAACUAUGAAAGUGGAAGACGUUCCCGACCUCAUACCCAAUACGGAGAAAGGGGAACGAGACGGGUACACGAGCACUCCCCCGCCGACACCGCUGGACGAAGAACCCGCUGAGCAUCCUCUAGUUUACGAACUUGCCGUCAAGCGGAUCGAGGACCACAAGAAUCUUCACCGAGAUCAAGUCAACGAGUACUUGAUUCUCGACGAGGUGCUGCCCGGCGACCGACCCGCGCCGCCCUCCCACAGCCACGGGCCCGGCGACCAGCCCGCGCCGCUCGGGACCGCUGACAACCAUCCGGAGGAACUAAUUUACUCUGAAGUUGAAGACACUGUGCAGUCCCGUCUUUCUGCUUCUGAGUUUGGUGACAAGGAGCCGUUGUCCACUUCGACUCCGAUCAAACAAGAGGAGAAAAAGAAGCAGGUUCAGGUGGUGGCCAUGUCGCCCAAACCGUCGGGAGCGGACCGGGAGCUGCCCAGCCCGCCGCCACAGCUGUCGGUCAAGUCCCACAUACCCGUCAGCAAGGAGAGAUUGAAGACUGAAAAAUAUCAAAAGACCGAAGAUGUCCAGUUGACGCCGAGUCCACCGCCGUCGCCGCGCUCGGCGGGGAGUGCGGCGGACGGCGCGGCGGACGGCUCGGCGGACGGCUCGGCGGACGGCUCGACCGACGGCUCGACCGACGGCUCGACGGACGGCUCGGCGGAGAGUGUUUCGGAGGCGGCGGUGCAGGGCUCGUCGGAGCUGGCUCAGUUCUCGGCGGAGGCGCGGGCCGCACUCCGGCGCUGUGACGUCACGCUGCUGACGGUGGCCGGCGUGCACUCCGAGCGAGACCCCGCCAAGAGACUGGAGAUCCUGAAGAACCAGCUAGCGCAGCUGGCCCCCGAGGCGGCGGAGCUCAUCUCCCGCGGCGACUCGCUGGUGUUCCGCACGCACCGGGACGACGCGCUGCUGGCCGACUACCUGCAGACGCACUACCAGGACAAACUUCGCAACAAGUGGUCCAUCGUGAUGGCGGAGAUAGAAACGAAACGCAACCAAGCCCUGCGGGCCGAGGACGACGUGGCGGAGCUGCACAAGCUGCUGGACGCGCUGCAGGCCUGGCUGCGGGAGCGCGAGGCCCGGCCGGACACUUGCGACGUGGACGCGCUGAAGGAGCAGAUGUCGGACCGGGAAGCCGACGCGGAGCGGCUGCAGGAGCUGUGCCAGGAGCUGAAGGCGGAGCACGUCGGGUACCCGGAGAAGAGCGUGGCGGACGCGCUGGCGGCCUGGCGCCGGGCCCGGGACCAGCACCACGCGGCGCUGCUUCCAAGCGAGCAGAAGAAGCCGGAGGAGCAGCGCGCCCGCUGUGCGCUGGCCCGCGCCCGCUGCGGCCUGCGCGCGGCGCCGCUGCACGCGCGCCCGUACGACCAGUUCCCGCUGCAGGAGGACGCGCUCGCCCGCGCGCGCGAGCUGCUGGCGGAGGCGGAGCGUGCGGUGGCGGCGUGCGCGGGCGCGGCGGGGGCGGGGGCGGGGGCGGGCGCGGCGCCGGCCCGCACGCACGCGCGGCUGGCGGCCGAGCUGGCCGAGCUGCAGCGCCUCUACAGCGAACGACAUGGCAGGUGGAAGUCGUGCCAGGAGACGUGGACGUCGCUGUACCGCUCCCUGGAGAGCGCCUCGAGCUGGCUGGACUCUGCGGAGCGGGCCCUGCGCAGGGCGGACGACCCCGCCACGCCCGACAAGGACGCCAGGCAGAUACUGCGGGACCUGGAGAACCAGAUGUCGGCGCGCGGCGGGUGCGUGGAGGCGGCGCGGCGCGCGGGGCGGCUGGUGGCGGGCGCGUGCGGGGGCCGGCUGGCGCGCGACGUGCAGGCGCAGCUGGACGCGCUCAACCGGCGCUGGCGCGGGGUGGCGCGCGGGGUGGCGCGGGGCGGGGCGCGGGGCGGGGCGCGGGGCGGGGGGCGCGGCGCGAGGGACCCCGUGCGGCUGGCGCGCGACCUGCUGCACGACACCACCGCCAACCCCUCCGACGCCACCAGCCUCUCCAUCCGACUCUCCCUCGUCAAGGCGCGCGAGGAGGAGUUGUCGGUGCUGCUGCAGGAGAUGGCGGCGCGGCGCCCGCCCCGCGACCAGCACGGGGAACAAUCUGAUAACCUCUACAAGGAAGUCGAGAAGACGCAGGCCAGCCUGGGCGCGCACCGCGAGUUCAUCACCAGCAAGCUGUCGGCGGUGAGCAAGUACAGCGCGCGGCUGGAUGACGUCACGAGCUGGGUGCACGAGACCCGCACGCGCCUCAACAUCGCCGCCGACCUGCCGCCGCCGCAGGCCGCCGCCGUGCGCGCCAACGUCGCGCGCGCGGUCCAGGAGCGCUCGAGCUGGGUGCGUGACGUGAUCGAGAACUACAACAACCUGGAGCGCGAGUGCGUGGCGGCCGCGCACCCCGUGUGUCCGCGCCUCGCGCUGCGCCACCUCGCCCUGCGCGCGCACUGGGACGACCUGCUGCCCGCCGCCCCCAACCCCCCGGAUAGGAGUGGUGAUCUGUCAGCACGUCGCCGCUCUUCGCAGCAGUCCCCGGCUGCCCUCAUCGCAGACUUCGACACCACCGUGCAACAGAUCCGGGACUGGCUGUCUGUGGAGGUGGACAUGCUGCGAGCCCAGUCGGUGGCCGUGGGGGACGUCGACGAGAUCCUACACCAGCUCGACAAACAAAAGGGUGUACUACGAGAGCUGGAGCAGAAGAAGCCACAGUUGGAUGAGCUGCUGCAAACCGCGGAGAGCCUCAAGGGCACAGAGAACAGACAACAACUACACGGCAAAGUUACAGCACUCCGCGAGCACUGGGAUGAGGCCAACAACAGAGUACUGCAGCGGAAGGCACAGCUGGACGCCAUGCUGGGCGACUCGCAGCGCUACGAGGCGAGGCGGCGGGAGGCGGACGCGUGGCUGACCCGCAUGGAGACGCGACUGGCGGCGAUGCCUAUCCCUGGACACACCGCUGAUGUGCUGGAAAUGCAGCUUAGAGAGCAGAAGUCGUUCCACGCAGAGGUCCACCAGUACAAGCACCAGAUCGAGCUGUUCAACCAGCAAACCCAGCGGCUGAUAGCCGUGUACCGCAACGAUGACACGUCACGCAUCAAGCGCUCCACCGAGGCCAUCAACCACAGAUACAACGAACUCAACAAUAAUAUUGUGGCACGAGGCAAGGCGCUACAUUCAGCGGUGUCAUCGCUGCAGAACUUUGAUCGUUCACUGGAGAACUUCGUCGCUUGGCUGAGUGAAGCAGAGUCGAUGCUGGAUGCAGCGGAAAGGGAUCCUCAUCUGUUAAAGGAUCUGCAAUCGGAGAUCGAGACACACAGGAAUGUGUACGCAUCGCUCACUGGAACUGGCCGGCGUCUCCUGGGCAGCCUGUCUUCUCAGGAAGACGCUGUCAUGCUGCAGAGGAGACUGGAUGAGAUGAAUCAGAGAUGGCAUCACUUGAAAGCGAAGAGUAUGGCUAUCAGAAACCGCCUUGAGAGCAACGCCGAACAUUGGUCCGCAUUGCUGCUGUCUCUCCGGGAGUUAACUGAGUGGGUCAUCAGGAAAGAGACAGAAUUGAACGCUCUAGCACCUCCGAGGGGAGACCUCACCGCCCUCCUAAAGCAGCAAGAUGAUCAUCGCGCCUUCAGGAGACAAUUGGAAGACAAGCGUCCAGUGGUGGAGAGCAACCUCCUCAGCGGAAGGCAGUACAUCGCCAACGAACCACCUCUCUCCGACACCAGUGAUACUGAACCAUCUCGGGACAGCGAAGGCGACUCCCGCGGCUACCGGUCUGCCGAGGAACAGGCCCGCGAGCUGGCCCGCUCUAUCCGCCGCGAGGUGGCCAAGCUCGCUGACAAGUGGAACAACCUGGUCGACCGCAGCGACGCGUGGGGCAGGUGCUUGGAUGAUGCUGUACAGCGCGUACGAGCCUUCACCAACUCUCUUGACGAGCUCGCCAGCAGAGUCCAAGCUGCUGAAGCGGCCAGGUCUUCAUGGCGAGGACCAGGCGACGCAAGAGACGCUCGGGCACAACUGGAUGCUGUCUCCAGAGCCAGAGCUCAACUGCCACCACUCAGGAGAUUGGCUGAUGAGCUACACGCUCAAGCACAGACACUAGCGAGAGACAAAAUCCAGCUACCAGAUCAAUUACUGGCGAAACUUGAUGACUUAAAUACAAGAGUCGGUGCUCUCUGCGCUGGUGGGGAGGAACGGGCCCGUCAGCUGGCAGGCGUGGCCCGCGACGGUGGGGCCGGCGCUGCCCAGGGAUUCCUCGCUGGUUCCGUGGACCCACCGUGGGAGCGAGCCGUCACGCCAGCCAACGUACCUUAUUAUAUUAACCAUGAGUUAGAGACAACGCACUGGGACCACCCCAAGAUGAUUGAACUAAUGAACUCCUUAGCCGACCUCAACGAGGUUCGGUUCUCGGCCUACAGGACCGCUCUCAAGCUACGGACGGUGCAGAAAGCUCUGUGCAUGCACAUGCUGCAGCUCCCGGCCGCGCUCGAGGCUUUCGACUCGCACGGUCUACGCGCGCAAAACGACAGACUCAUCGACAUUCCCGACAUGAUCACCGUCCUCACCACUCUGUACGAAGUGAUUGCGGCGGAGAACCCAAGCGCCGUGAACGUGCCGCUGUGUCUGGACCUCUCCAUGAACUGGCUGCUGAACGUGUACGACAGCCAGCGCACCGGACAGAUCAGGGUGUUGAGCUUCAAAGUCGGCUUGGUGUUGCUCUGUAAAGGACAUCUGGAGGAAAAGUAUAGGUAUUUAUUCCGGUUAAUCGCCGACCCAUCAUGCAGGGCAGACCAAAGGAAGCUGGGUCUCUUGCUGCACGAUUGUAUUCAGGUGCCGAGACAGUUGGGCGAGGUUGCAGCUUUCGGCGGCUCCAAUAUCGAACCCUCAGUCCGGAGUUGCUUCGAGCAGGCCUCCACUGCUGCCAAGGAGGGCAGCAAAGGAGGAACUCUUGACAGGAAAACUGAAAAAGAAAAGGAUGAAACGAAAGAGAAGCCAGUCGAGCGAGACGCGGACGGCCAGGUCCAGUACAUCGAAGCGUUCCAGUUCCUGCAGUGGCUGCAGCGCGAGCCGCAGUCCAUGGUGUGGCUGCCCGUGCUGCACCGCCUGGCCGCCGCCGAGGGGGCCCGCCACCAAGCCAAGUGCAACAUCUGCAAGGACUAUCCUAUCGUUGGGUUCAGGUACCGCUGCCUCAAGUGCUUCAACUUCGACAUGUGUCAAAAGUGCUUCUUCAACGGCCGGAAGGCCAAGAACCACAAAUUGACGCAUCCGAUGCAGGAGUACUGCACUGCGACGACGUCGGGAGAGGACGUGCGCGACUUCACGAGGGCGCUCCGCAACAAGUUCAAGUCGGCGCGCUACUUCAAGAAGCACCCCAGGGUCGGGUACUUGCCUGUACAAACCGUUUUAGAAGGUGAUGCUCUGGAGUCCCCCGCUCCCUCUCCGCAGCACGGCGCGUCCCUCGGCCCCGACAUGCACUCGCGCCUCGAGCUGUACGCCACCCGCCUCGCGCAGGUCGAGCUCAGCGCCGCCGACACUCCCGACAGCGAUGAAGAACAUCAGCUCAUAGCUCAGUACUGCGCCUCACUGAACGGCGGAGGGGAGUCCGAAGAAGCUCCUCGCUCGCCUGUGCAAGUGGUCUCCAUUAUCCACCGCGAGCAGAGACACGAACUCGAGGCCAUGAUUAGGGAACUGGAAGAAGAAAACGCAAGUCUCCAAGCGGAGUACGAGCGUCUGAAGGCUAAGCAGACUCCAGGCUCCACGCCCGAGGAGCAGCAGCACGGCGUCAGCGACAAUAGCCGCAGCGGACCGGUAGACCAGGACAUGAUGGCCGAGGCUCGUCUUCUCCGUCAGCACAAGGGCCGGCUGGAGGCUCGCAUGCACAUUCUGGAGGAACACAACAGACAACUCGAAGCUCAGCUGCAGCGUCUACGCACCUUACUCGACGAGCCGGCCCAGGGCUCGCCCCCAGCGCGCACCGGAACAUUACAGACACGUUCGGUGACCGCUUCGCAGCUUGCAACUGAUUCACCAGCCAAAAUGCACAAUGGACUCUACCACGAGUCACAAACAAAUGGCGGCGCUCGUUGGGCUGGCGCCGAGCGGCCCCCCCCGCCCCCGCACACCGUGCACUCCCUCAUGCACUGCGCAGAUGACUUGGGCCGUGCCGUAGAAGAGCUCGUCUCGGUGAUGUCCGAGGACUCCGGCACGCCGAGCAACGCGCCACCGCAGUACACGAACGGGAAACCGGCAAACAACGAAUGAACGGCUCGAAAACGACGCGAACCUUACGCGCGCACGGUGCUUUCAAUAUAAUGUUGCUAUAUUCGAAGCAAUCAAACUACCGCGCCCAACGUUCUGGCAACACUGAGCAUAACCAAAGAUUUAUUCUACAAUGGUGUUGCUUUAUAGAGAUACCGUUUUAAUUAAUUUCUUGUUGGUCACAAUUUCUUUUAAUGAUUACUAAUUUUCGACUCAUCACUAACAAAUUGCACUGUACAUUGACUGUCCUUAACUUUUAUACAAAAGCUUUUUAUAAAACAUUCCACGCGUUUCCUAACCUGAGCUUUAUGGCUUCCAGGGGAUCACAAAAAAGUAGAAGCCUGUAAGUUGACAGCUAUGUGGAACUAAUACGAGAUUUUAUCUUGAUUUGGUACAAUACAAUCCAUAAAAUGGCAGUCUCCUGAUUAAACUAAGAAAACCAUACCGUAAGAAGUUAGGACAUUAAUAACAAUUAAGGGAUAUAGAGAGUGCGCCUCUUUAACUGCAUUACGGAAAUUAAAACUGAAAACAAACGUAUUAAGAUUACAUUUUUAUAAUGAAUCACUAUUUGAUAUUUUCUGAAAAUACCACAAACUUUAAAUUGCGUAGUCCCAUCAGUGUCUUGUAUCAUCUGCCGUAAAAUUAAAAGUUAAAUUUCAAUGGAACAUGUACCAAAUCAAAUUAGUUCACAGCAGUUGUUUGUUUUUUUUAAAUAUUAACGAUAAUCGUAUGCAACGCUUAUUGUAUAAAUAAGGGCGCGCCAUUGUUGCAGUACGUAUCGUGAUUGAGUCGAACUAUCCGCCAUUUCUGUUAUUUUUUAUUUGACGUGGCAACUCUUUCAGAUUUUCUACUAUUUUCGUUGUCCCCCCCUAAAGCUAGCGCCAGUGCUGCCAGAACACAGCAAUCCAACGAAAAAGACAAUGUAACGAGCAUUUAUAUAUUAUAUUCUAUAUAUUUUAACAAUAAAAAUUGUACCGAAAUGUUUUUGGUACUAAAAUAAUAAUAUUUUAAGAACAUAUCUUGUUAGUAUUAUACCUACUUACAAUCUUUAUUAAUACAUUCAUAUCACUGUUUGGAUACUCUCAUAUCAUUUUUGCUAUGUAUUGAAAAUAACAGGCGCGUGUUUCGAAAUCACGAAAAUUUUUACGAAAAUGCUUUUAACGAUGUUACCAGAUCGAUGCAACUUUGUACUGUGGUAUCACUUUUUCUACAAUAUUUAGUAAGCUUUACAGCUGUAAUGAUUUAUACAACGGCCAGAUGUUGCGAUACCCGAAAUGGCCUAAGUUUUAGAGAAAAAAAAAUGUAUUAAAAAAAUUAAAGAUGGACUUCACAAAGGUUGUCACGUGUCGAAGCUGUCUCUGCGGCUGUAACUGUUCGGAUUCGUUGAAGGUUUAUAGUAGUGUAGUUCGUAGGCGAAUUGUAUGAUUAUCAAUAAUAAAUAUUAAAAAUAAAUUAAAACAUGUAACCACGUGCAUGUGUAUGUUAUCGAUUUAUUGUUAGAUAUUAAAACAAAAUAUUAAUCGUGCGCUUUGAUGCAAAUUGUAAUGAUUGUUGGAGGCAGUGACUCGUCCGGAGUUAUCGUCGUUCAAGUGUUGUUGUGAGGAGCGUAAAAGCAAAACUACUUUCAGUCCACCGUAACAACAGUUGCGUCAGGAGAUCAAUCAAUGCCUACAGCUAAUGAGCAGUGAGAGCAUAGCCGACAUUGAUAUUAAACUCUUGCUAGUUUCCAACCGGUACGCAAAUCUGCAAAUUAGCUGACCCGCUUCCAUCACAAUGAAUAAAUACUCCAUAAUUCAAUCAUUCUGCGAAGUGUCUGUGCUUUUAUACGCCUGGCACUUGAACGAGUUGGUAGUAAUCGAAUAUUAAUUCUCCAGAUAAUCGUAGAACAAUAGAGGACCCUUCUUAGAGAUUAUACUAUCCAACCUUUUUCACUAUGAAACGGCACACCGACACGUUUAGGAUAUAUUUGGGAUGAGAUGAUAUUAUCCCAUCCCACGCGUACAUGUGUCUAGGAUGCUGCCUAUCCUUUUUAGAUAAGAUAUAUUCGAAAUGAUGACUUUUAUACGAAUGUUAAGUGAAAACCUGUUAAAGCUAACUUUAUAAUUAAGGACUUCCGAUAUCCAUAUCAAAUUAUCGUUGUUUUCAUUCGAGACGUCACGCUACAUUCGUUUUUCGUAAUGGCAACUUACUAUCGGCUUUUUUUAAUUUUAAGGGAAUACAAUUUUAUUUUUCAAAAAAACUUUUUGUUUUAUGCGAACUACUAAUAAAUAUAUAUAGUAACUAAUAUAUUGUUAAUAAUUUUAUUCUAUUAUCAUUUAGAUGUAGGUUUCUUUCUGUUUCUCAAUAUUAAAAAAAGUUUCCACGACUAUAAAUUUUACUUGUCGCAUUUAUUUUUAUAUUUUACUGUGUUUUAUGAUGUUUUAGAUGUUAAAUGAAAUCCCAAAUAAACAUUCAGCAUAGUAAA